AUGGCCGCCACCACCGCGAACCAGACUACGGCGAAUGUAACGACUGACAACAACGCAACUGGGCCAGCACAAGCUGCUGAGACCGCUGCAGCAAGUCAGCCCUCCGACGACGACAGCGAUGUCUCGAUGGACGACUCCGACAUGAGUGACCGCUCGGACUUCACCGAUGACCUUUGGGUUCCUCCAGAGUCAUCUUACCUCAGCGGCGAGAUUCUCCGUGCGAGCCCAACUGGUGUGAUCUACGACCUGUGCACUGCAGCAGAGCUCAAGAAGUUCGUCAACGACCGCAGGCUCCAAGAUCCUUACCCGCAAGGCGUCACGCUCAAGUACUUCUACCUGCGCGAGCUUGAGAAGGCUGAUGAGAGUCUGAGCUUCCGUUUCAUGGACCUUCCUGCCGAGAUGAGACUCCUGACCUACCGCCAACUUCUCGUCCAUCACAACAAUGGCCAGGGCCCCGUAGGCCACCUCCACCCGCAGAUUCUUCGCACCUGCAAGAUGGUUCACGCUGAGGCAAAGGAAGUCUUGUACGAUGACAACACCUUUUGUGCCUUCUUCUCUGUCUGUCAAGGUGGCGACGUGACUCAUCGGCUGGCACGUGUUCACGGAGAAUCAAUGGUUGGGCAUUGCGGUCAUAUGAAGUACUAUCGGAUCCCGCGUGCCAUCGAGGACUACCCUGAGCUCUUCCGGCGCAUCGCGAGGCUCAAGAUCACGCUGGACUAUGAGUGUUAUGACGAAUCGGAAAAUGGUGACGAGUACGAUCCUGCGUUACUCAACUAUCCUCUCUGGGGACUUGCAUCCUUCCUGAUGGAUGGCCAUCGCCUCAAGAGACUGCAUCUCGAGCUUAUACUCCCCGAUGGACUCACCGACCAAGACUACGAAACGACCCUAUUUCCUCUUCGUCGUCUUAGCAACAUCAAGACUCUCACUGUAACUGACAAUGUCCCGUCCCGGAUCGUGCAGAAACUCAAGUCCGAUCUGCGAAGCUCCGAGCCGGCGUUCAACAGCCUACGCCACUGGAAGUUGCUAGACGAUGAAGCAAACGCACAGAUGGAGCUUUUCACAUCAGUACACCCAGGCUACGAGGAGGAUUACGGCGAGGACUUCUUGUCAGCGAGCAUGGAGGAUCUCAGUUUUCAGUCCACUGUGCCGUACAUGUGGAAGCAGAAGUGCUUCAACUCACGGUUGGAAGAGAGAUUCAUCGCCCAGCUGUCGAUGCUUCGCGAGGCGCUUCAGGGAUUGCAAGCUGUGGAGAUCAAGAAGCUGAUAGAAGCUGUGCUCGAGAAACGUGCGGCGCUGAAGGCAUACAACGAAGUGUCUGACGAUGGGAGGCUUGCAGAAGCUAUGUCUUGUGCGAAGGACUCCAACUUGUUCGGCAAAGCGGUGUUGAAUGAGGAAGGAGAUGAGUGGAGUGAUGAUGAAGAGCCGGACGAAGAGCCGACCGUGGAGAAACCGGCUGUCAGUGGCCCGUCCGACAAGCCGCCUUCGACAGCUGAGGAAGGCGACCCUCAAGGAACCAACAAGCCGGGAGCAGAGGUCACUCCACACCCAACCUUGACUUCGUCCCAGAUCGAUGCCAUCUUCGACGAAUGGGUUCCUCCCCGCUCGCCUUCUCCUGAGCUUUGA